UCAGCAGAUGCGACGGGCCUAUGGGAGAUUUCAGAUCCCCUGGGGACCCGAAGGUAGAGUGGAGCACAAGGGUCCGGUCUUCCUGAGACCCACCACUGUCGGAUUGAAUGAUCCUCCUGUUUAAGGCAAGGUUUGGCCUAGGGAUGCCACUUUAAAAUUGGUUACAUCCUCACUGCGGGAACUGUAAAGGAACAGUCUGCAGUUCACAUCGGAGGCCUCUUUUUCAAGAAUAUGCACAUAUAAUCCCUGACACAUCACAUUUUGAAAAUGCCAGUCUUCAAAGAGAUGCUGGUUUUCCCAGUGCUUCUAGCUCUCGUUGGAUUGACCAAAUGCCAGGAAUUACCAAGUUAUGACAUGCUAGAGGAGUUCCGUGUAUCUAAGUCCAGAGGGGUGAGGAAAGUGGUUGGAUCUGAACCUGAUUCAGUGGCCUACCGUGUGAACCCCGCCAUCCACCUACGCAAAACCAUGAGCGAUGUGUACCCCGACGGUCUGCCCUCCGACUACUCCGUCAUUGCCACAUUUAAGGUGACGAAGGACACCGCCAAGAGGUCCUGGAACUUGUGGCAGGUCAGCGACCCCGAUGGACGUGAACAGGUGGGCCUCCGUUUUCAGGGCGACACACGCUCUCUGGACUUCUUCUACACCAGCCCCCAUGGCACCCAGAUGCUACGCACCUUCCACCGGGUGGACAAGUUGUUUGAUGGAGAGUGGCACAAGCUGGCGCUGCAGGUCAAGGCCGAUAAGGUCAAGUUGCUGGUGGACUGCGAGGAGGUGAGCGUGGAGCCCAUCGAUGAUCCUAGACCCAUCAUCCGCCAGGGUUACACCUCUAUCGUGAAGAGGGCUGUGGGAGAUCGCUCCGCCUCAGUAGACCUCCAACAGAUGGAUGUGUCCUGUGAUCCAGAGAAAGCCUACUCAGAAGGCUGCUGUGAGCUCUCCAGUGUGUGUGGAGGGCAUGCUGAGAUUGGCCUGACAGCAGGAAGGGCCACCUGUAAGUGUAUGCACGGACAGCCUGGCAACCAGGGACCCCCAGGACCGAAGGGUCACAGAGGUCUCCCAGGCAACACAGGAGAGCCAGGAAGACUAGGCAACUGGGGAGGUAUGGGACAGACAGGUGACUAUGGCCACGUUGGAGAGCCAGGCCCUAAGGGCAUCGCAGGAAUCAGCGGGAACAAGGGGAUGAGAGGACUUCACGGCCUUGAUGGCGACAGAGGUCCCAAAGGUCUGAAGGGAUUACAUGGUGCCGGGGGCUUCAAGGGAACUCAGGGGUCACCUGGAGAGCUGGGUGGGACCGGAGUACAAGGAGAAACGGGUGAUCCAGGUCCACUUGGAUAUGAAGGAAUUCCAGGAUAUACAGGAGUGAAGGGAGAAGAAGGGGCCUCCGGUGUUGAAGGACCUCCUGGGUCACAGGGAAAGCAGGGUGUUGUAGGUGAUCCUGGAGAGUCAGGAGUUGCUGGGGAAAAGGGAAAACCUGGAUCCCAAGGAUCAAAAGGAAGAUAUGGCACCAUUGGACAAAAGGGCAUUAUAGGAGAUCCUGGUUUGCCCGGGAGAGAUGGGGACAUAGGAAUAGAGGCUUACCAAGGACCCCAGGGCCCGGAGGGCAGAAACGGACAAUUCGGAAUAAUGGGAGAGAAAGGAAUGCUGGGGCCGGCAGGGGAGAUGGGGCCUCAAGGCCAAACAGGCCCCAGAGGUUAUAAAGGAUCAGCAGCAAAGCCAGGAAGACCCGGAUUUAUUGGACCCCCAGGACCUGUCGGGCAUGUGGGAGUAGCUGGCCGGCCAGGGCCCAAGGGAGAUAUAGGCAUUGAAGGGAUCCAAGGUGUCAAUGGUGAAACGGGAGAAAAAGGAGAAAAGGGCCCCAAAGGCGAGGUUGGAGACGCGGGUGCACAGGGUCCCCACGGUGGCCGGGGGAAGCGUGGGCCAGGGGGCGAGCCUGGACGCACAGGCCCAGUCGGAACAAAAGGGGUGCGUGGCGAUGGAGGACCAGUCGGAUUUCAGGGGCCGCCAGGGCCACCGGGCCCAACCCUCUCCGCACAACACGUGAUUGAGGUUUGCAAAAGAGUGGUGCUGGAACAGAUGUCCACCUUUGCUAACUCGGUGAAGAGGACGUGUGCCGCCGUGUGCCCACUCUACGGAGACGUCCCCUUGGGUGCCCCCGGUCCCUCUGGACAAAAGGGACCCCCGGGACCUCCAGGUGGUGAUGGUAUUGCCGGUGUGAAUGGAGAGAUCGGACAACCAGGAUUCUAUGGGGAGGUAGGAGACGCAGGCCAACAAGGACAGCCAGGGGAUCAAGGAGAUCAAGGAGAUAAGGGAGCAGAGGGCCAUGGCCUACCUGGCUACAUCGGAGACCAGGGACCAAAGGGCCAACGUGGAAGACCUGGCAGAGCCUUCAAUGGCACACCAGGACGAGAGGGCGAGAGAGGCCAUGUAGGCCGGCCUGGACUGAGAGGUCACCCAGGACUACGAGGAGUCCCAGGCGUGUGUCAGACCACUGGGUGCGCUCUGCUAAACAACAACACAACCAACGGAUCACCUCAGAAUGCACCCCAGAGGUUGAGAAGACACCCAUAGAGGCAAAGAGGAAACUUUUGACCAAGCUGCAUGGAUGUAUUAUGAAAGGGAGAGAGGAGGAGAGGGGGAGAGGUGGAUUAGGGAGAUGUGGAUUGGGAGAGAGAAGAGAUUUUUUAUUGAUACAUGUAUUCAAAUCAAAGUCUAAAUAAAUGCUUCAAUGUAAAUAUGCAUCCAAUCUCCACCCUGAAUGACUGAGAUACCCAUUUGACUUUCUCUAAACAAAUCUGUUGUAGAAACUUGUACUGUUGGCCUUAAAACAACACUCCAUUCUCAUGGUUCAUUUGAAAAAGACACCAAUAGCUACAGUAUUAUUUUUGUUAAAAAUUCUGAAAGUUUAUUUGACAAAUUUUAUUUAAACUGAUCCUAGUUGUCUUCAAAUAUCACUGUUGUUUAUAAUAAAAGUCCAAAAAAGAUU